GGAAGGAGUUCGUACUUUCACCCUUCAGACGACAUACGGGAAGGAAGGUCGUUCUGACAAUGAUGCCCAUGGUGUCAGAUUGUUUUGGAAAAAGUUCCGAGGUUUCGGCAAACAAGCCACCAUGCUUCCAUUUUACACGGCCAUAACAUCAGAUUUAGAACCAACUAUUCUCUUGCGGGUCUUCUUUGACGAGUGGGAGAGAGUGGUGCAGCCAGCCAGGUGUUUAGAUGUGCCGCAGGAGCAUCGUAUUUCAAUGCCGAUCUCGUACGUUGGCGAUGACGAGGACCGCACGCGAACUUCAGAAAUGUCGACUGUUGUUGCUACAAAGGGUGCGACUGGAGUGCUUGACCCUAGCUACGUUCCUAAGCAGCCGGAGCCCUCAGGUGCUUAUGAAGAAUCCGAGCCGGAAGGUGAAGCUGUCGAACGCAGACAUGCGGAGGGGGCGGUCGCCGAUGUGGCUCAGGGUCCAGUUAGUGCUACGAAUGAGCCGUCGACUGGGGCGAAGACGACUGGAGUUAGCACAUCGGGAGGAGAUCAUGAGGUUGCGGAGCAGCCAAGGGACAUGGGCAAAAGACCUGUUGCGGUGGGAGAAAAGAGAAGUGGAGAAGAAUCUGAUAGCAGGGGGGCUGGAGACGAACACAGACAGGCCGUACAAUCCGACAAGAAGAAAAGGAAAACAAGUACCCCUCGCCAGACAUCUGACAAGAAGAGGAAGUCGAGAGGGAGGAAACCAGAAACACCAAAGGCAAGACGGGGAGGUGGAACGGGGGAGGGGUCAUCGAAAGACACGCGGGCACGAGCAGAUGAAAAUGACAGUGAGGACGACAAGGAAAAGGUUGUCGAUCUGGACGCCGGGUACUUUCUAGAAUGGAAAGAGGGUGUAAAGAAAGAUGUCACUCUUUCUAUCAACCCGGAGAGGGUCUUGGAGUUGCCGGCGUGGGAAAGGCCGUACAAUCAUCGUUCGAUCGACCCAACCCACACGGCAUAUAUAUUGCGGUGUAUGAUGGAUGCCUUCAAGAAGAAAGGAAAGACGUACGAGAAGCCAAUUUUGAAAUUGGCGCCAAUCGUAGGGCUUUCUAGCCCCGGACGGAAGGUUGUUCGGGUGACCCCGGUGGAUAACCCGAACGAGCACUGGUGCUAUGCUGUGAGCGGGCAGCAAAAUGUCAAGGUUGCGCUGGAGUUAAGAAACCACGAGAUUUGGGAGAAGCAUACCUUCUCCGACAGGCCCUUCAAGCCGUUGUACUUCACCGAGGAGGACUUCGACGGUUAUACACAGAUAAACGUGAACGAGAAUAGGAAGGACAAGUUAGCCCCUCCUCGGGCUCAACGGUUGUCAAUGGCAGACAUUCGUCAGGAGUGGAAUAACUUGAACCGUCCUCGUGCAGUCACCGACAAUAUAAAGUUCAAGAAGGAUUUGGUCGCCAAAUACGAAGAGUUUCAGAAAGCUGCCUUGAGAAAAACACCUUACUUCAACCUUUGGGGAUUGGCUGAUGAGAAAUCGAAGAAAAAGGAAUGGACGGAGAAACUGAGGUACUACUUGCCUUUGGUCAUGACGGACGAGGAAACGUGGAAGCUUGGCAUGAAGUUCUACGACGAGUGGGAGAAGGGCCAUACGCUCGCCCCUGAUGGCGCUGUGUGGACGAAGAAGCCUCCAACAGCGGAUCCGAAAGUCACCCGUGAGGGUCAAUCAUUUGCGGAGGACAACGAUGGCCAUAAGAGAGUUGUGUAUAAUAUAGGAAGCAAAAAGUUGAUUGAGCAGGGGAAGGUUGGGAUGAAGGAUGCUUGUGAAAUGGUCAAGCAAGAUCGGAUGUUGCUCCGACUGUGGCAUAUUGUGCAAUUCCAGCACGAGGGCCGCGACAACGAUGAUUGGAAUGACUCCUUUUUCCGGACGAAGGAGCAAUUGAUGGCAGAGUACGCCUCCAAGGGACUGGACGAGAAAUUGUGGGCGGGCUGCAGGAAAUGGGUCACAGAUCACUCGUACCUCAAGGAAUGCCCCCAGUGUCUCGGCUGUCCGAGUGAUAAGGACGUGGCGGCGACGAUGAAGUUGGUCAAUCACGAGAAGUUUCCCACUGAGUGGAAGCUGGUUGUGAUGUCCGUGCUAAAAGGCGAACGUAGCAAAAUAGAAGAGGGGCCGCAAGCACUGGGAGAAUGCACCAAUGUCAAAUGGAAGCACACCAGUCAAGUGACAACCCUCGCACCAUUUGCUUACGACGCCUUCACGGCUUUCUUGAGAAAGGAUGAGAUGAGGAAAGUUGUGACGCAGCUGCGAUGCCACACUUGCAUCAUCGACUUCUGCGAUCCCGUUGACCGAGCACGUUGGAAUGAGGAGGCUUUCCGGUCAUUGGUGGCAUUCCUUGAAGCUAUGUGUCCUGAUUUCUGGACUCUGAUUGCUUUCGUUCCCAGGCAAUGGGACCUCUCCUUCAUGGGUCUUCUGCACAUUCUUCCUGUCACGAAUGGUUGUGCAGAAAAAUGGGUUCGGAGGAGUCAAGUUAAGAAGCACUACCAAAUCGGGAACAGUGUGUGGGCCGAGGAGGACAGGAUGUAUGUUCUUUUCCAUGGGGAUGAUCUGAAGCUUAACACCCCACCCACAUAUGAGGGGCGAUUGCCGGACGAUGACGCUGCAGCUCUUGGGAAAAGCCAGAAAUGCACACCCUUGGACAUUGCCGAAACACAGUUCACGGCCACGACGUAUGGAUUGGCAGGUGUGCACCACAUAAAGGGGUUCGUCUAUAAGGAAAUGGAGCGCCACCCGGUUAUGCUAUUGGGUCACAUAGAGUUCUUCUGCCCAAUCGAAAAUGGAGUUAUGUUCAUCGGCAAAGCACACGCCCAGGUUGUGUGGCAAGUCCUCAAGAGCGGGCGUCAUGUUGUGGCCAUCGAGGGAGACACAAAGCUCCUCAACUUUUUGAUGACAUAUGUUGCGCAUGAGGUGCAUACGGGUGUGGACAACUGUGAAUUCUACCAGGUGCAAAAAGAGGUCGACCAUGAUCCAGACAGGAACAUGUGGUUCAAGCUAUCAGCUGAGAAAAGGGCGAGUGUAUACAAGUUUCUCUUCCUCGACACACGACCCAAACUAAGAUUCGACGACGACUACAAGUGCCGCCGAGAUGUCGUGAUCGGGGCAUUGGAUGGUUACCAUGAUGCUUCUAGGGAGGCUGCGGCCAACUUCGUGGAAAAACUUGAGGAAUGCUAUUUCGACAAUGGCAGGAUGGAACUCAAAUUAAAUUAUUACAAAGCUCAGUUCACCGAAGAGGACAAUUUCAUCGCAAACGACGAGGAAGAAGUCAGCAAAGGUGAGGAGCCGUUGGAUUUAGAGACGGUAUAUCACAAAUAUACCGCCGGUAUGGCGUCCUCUUCAACGCCUUCUAGUUCCAAGCACGCUGCGUGUUCGCCUGUCGUCACUCCUGUCGCAACGCCAACCUCGGGUUCUUCAAGAGGAUUUCUUUCCUCUAUGAGAAGCAAACCUCUAAGCCCCACUGUCAAGCCUAAACGUCCUCUUCCACUAACGCACACGUUGAGAUUGCAGAAAGGUCAACUUUAUUUCUUCGGGAAAACGCACAGGAGCACCGACGAGUCUGAUUGGGGUCAUCAUAUAGUUUGGCAUCCAGAUGUGUUCCAACCAGCAGUUAUUGAUAGCGAAUGGGUUAUGGCGUUCAAUGAUAAGGGCGAAUGGAAAUCAGAACCCCGUUUGUCAAAAAACGUGUUUGAAGAGGCCGCCCUCCAAGCGGUUAUCGACCACGUCGCGGAGGUAAACUGUCGUCAACCAGAUGAGUUUGUCGUCAAAAUGUUCGGAGAGCAGACAUAUGAGAUUCUUCGGGAACACAGCAUGUUGGAGUUGUGUCGUGACUUUUUUUACCUCGAAACAAGUCCAAGUUAUGAGGCUAACAUUGACUGCCAUAUUCCGCCCCGUGCCCCAACACGCGGAGAGGGAGCUGGACGGGGCGGACGUGGAGGAGAUGACGAAGGAGGGGACGGAGGAGGUGAGGACAGAACCCACAUCGGCAGUCACAGUGGAUAUGGUGAAGCAAGCGACAAUAGAGGGGGCGGCGCACGGCGAGAAAAUAUUACGAGCGCUGGAGGGGUCACGAUCGCAGGCGGAAUGGGUGGCAUGGCUUCGGCAAAAGGUGCGAGCUCACAAACUGGGCAGGGAUCACCGCAGGUGGAAUCUCCACCGCCGAUGCAUGCGCUGCAAGCUUCUGAACUCGUUGGCCAAGGACAACACGCAUUUCCCAGCAGCGGAUGUAUCCGCGGUACAGUUUCUGCCGGAUCCAAUUUCAUGGCAGAUGUGGAGUCGGUCGACAUGGCUUCCACUAAGGAUCCAGGACGCGACACUCGGGAGUGCGAAGUUGUUACGGAUGCCACUCUCCUAGACGGGGAGAAUGUGGUGGAUAAACCUGUAGGAGGGUCAUACUCCACCGAAAGGACAGAUUCUCUUGCGAGUCCUUGUGCAACGGGGUCUGAGGUGGAUAAGGGGCGGGGGCUGCGGGUUGGAAUUUUUUCUGUUGGCACUGGAUGUAUCCGCCAUGCGAGCGGGCUCGUCAGUGUGGAGCAGACGGAGGACUUAGUUGCCGGAAGCUUUUCAGCCGGUGGCGGAUAUAUCCGCUCCUCUGCGCGUCAACUCAGCAGCACCGACGACACCCUUGCGCUGGGUACGGAAGACCAGGAGACUGCACCCUUUGACACGCAUUAUGGUGGUUCGGAGGGCGGCCAUGUCUCACUGACGGAACCCGCGGAGAAACCUGCAGGCGGGUCAUACUUCCCCCAAAUGGGAUUCGAAGGGCACAAGGAGCGCGGGCUGCGUGAUGGCGGUUCUUUUGUCGGCGCCGGAUGUAUCCGCCGUCCAAGCCUCCGUGACAAUGCAGAGCGGAAGGAGCACUUUGUUGUCGGACACACUUCGCAGCAAACACGCAGCAUGGACAACACCCUUGCCCUGAAUAUGGAAGACCAGCAGACUCCACCACUGGCGCAUCAACCCAGCAGCACCGACGACACGCUUGCCCUGGGUAUGGAAGACCAGGAGGCUGCACCCUUCGACACACAUUAUGGUGGUCCUGAGGGCGGGCAUGUUUUGCUGACGAUUGCCUCGAAGAAACCUGCGGACAGGCAGAAGGGGCACGGGGUGCGUGAUGGCGGUUCUUUUGUCGGCGCCAGAUGUAUCCGCCGUCGAAGCCUGCGUGUCGGUGCAGAGCAGACUCCACCACCGACGGAGCAGCAGCCACGCAGCACGGAUAACACACCUGCCCUGGGUGUGGAAGACCAGGAGACUCCACCUCGUGAUGCACAUUGUGGUGGUUCCCAGGGUGGGUAUGUCUCGCAUUUAUGUUCAGUCGUGUCGGACCAGUGCAAGGAGGACGAAGACGUCACCAUGCUGGAAAGGGAUGAGGUUGCAGUCCGUCGUCCGAUCGAAGGUGAUCUUGUCAAGACACUUUUCCGUGAAUUCGAUUCCCUCGUUGUCAUCUCUCCCUCUUCACAAUUAUUGACUCCUCAAGAUGAAGUUUUAACCAUCCGUGGGAGUGCCGGGACAGCUGGUCGUCCUGUAGAGUUGUGCCCCGGUGCUCCGGAAAAAGUUGUUUGCCUCGUCGACGCAGACAUUAAGGACCUGUCCCGGUUUUCAUCCCGGUUAAAUGGCAUUAUGGCAUCGGCUCAGACUGAAGAGUUCGUGUUGGGUCUAAGCGCGACAUGUCUAGGAAAGGACUUGCCACAAUCAAAAGAUUUAAACGAGAAGGAACAUCUUCGACACGAAGCCGUAGCUGGUAAGCAGUGACAUAUGUUGCUCACAUUUGGGUCUAUGUAGUGUAUGAGCAGUUGGAGUUUAAUCAGUGACAUGAGUUGCUCACGUU